AUGGAAGCCCCAUCCUCACCUUCUUCCGUGAUCACUGCCCCACCUGACUGUCACGAAACCGCCGUGAGGCUCGCCAAACUCAUGGUAGAAGCCAUGACUUGCCGCUUUGCCCUCCUGCAUUACGAUACGUUGACUAGAAUAUGGAGGCCUGACGAUGACGAGGGAAAGAAGAUUAUUCCAUCACACUUUGAGAAGUACCGCGAAGAACGCAAUUUUCGAUACCCGUGCUGCUUAUGUGCCGACGGGUGUGGAAAAGAGGCCUACACCGAGGCGGCAGUGUAUCCUUGGAAAGAUAAGACUACUCGAGAGACUUAUUGGAGGGUAAGAUGCGCAUCUGAUGAGUGUGGAUAUCAAGUGAGAAUAGACGCAUACUACCGGCUAUCGUCUUUAGCCACCUUCCAGUACCGUCGUCGAGGUAUCAACUACAUUCCUGUGGUGCAAUAA